ACUAGCACCCUGCGUUACAGUGUUGUUGGAUAUGGCCCCAUGUUGUCCCAUUCAUUCAAUCAACUGAAAGCUAAUCACUGAGUCUGAGUGACAAGUUCCCCCUAACACGAGUGAAUCUCGAAAAUGUCAACAUUAUCAAGAGGAUAAACGAUUGUUGAUUGGAUGACAUCUGUCGUAGUUCUGGAAUGCCAACUGUAUCAAAGCGUUGCAGGAUAUCUUCAUUGUUAUUUAACUGGCACAGCAACGAAUGCUCCAUCAAAACGAAAAAGGCUCUAAGAGCCUUUCCACGGUGACAUUGAGUAAUUACAAUGUCCAAUGUGCAAUUAAGCAGUACGGCGCUGCAUCAUACUGUAAGUGCAAGAGGCCAAAACCAAGUGAGCGCCUUUUACACACCUCUCACUUCGUUCGCUGAAAUGUGGUAUCAAAUCUUCUUAUGGGCAUUAUUCUCAUCGAUAUUUGUCCACACAAUUGCGGCCGCAAUUUGUUUCGCGACAUUACGAAAACACAAAUAUGGAAAAUUCUUCCCAUUACUAAUUCUAAUAAUGGGAUUUCUACUGCCACUUACGUCCGGCGUACUAAACUCAGCAACAGUUGCAUUUGUCUAUCGUGCAUCAAGUUAUCAAAUGCCACCCCUGUACGCACUAUUCUGGGGAAUCGGACAAACGGUUCUGGCAGGUUGCAUUGGCUUCACGAGGAUAUUAGCCACUCUAUAGAUCUCGCAACAGUUCUGGUGAAACCAGGAGAAAAAAAUAAAAACGUGAAUGAUAUGGAACUGCUGCACGUAUUUGAAUAAACAAAAACACUACCUCCACCGUGCAUUCUUUCAUGGCAUUAAUAAUUAAUCACUCGAAUUGUAAAUCUAGGGUAACAUCGAUUAUCAGUUCCUCAUCUAAUUUGCAAAUAGGGAGAUUCCUUUGAUUAAUGAAACACGAUGGUUGUCGGUUGAUGCGAUAUCACAGGAUCCAUCAAAAAUCAUUCCUUAACUCACUGACGUCUUUCUUGUGAUUUGUGACUGUGACCAGUGACGACGUACAUCACUUCAUUUUUAUAUUCACGGUUCAAUCUUUUUUUUGUUAUGUUGUUUCGGUUGUUUUCGCAGCAAUUCAAUUUUAUGCCAUUUUCGUAUCACGUUACAUGCCGUCUUUCUGUUCAGUAAUUUUUAUCAAAAUUUUAGAGAGAAGAUGGAGUCUUCUACUUUCAUUCACGUGUAAACAUUAAAUAUUGAAAGCUCAAAUGACUGCAGUACUUUGAAUUCCAUUCAAAAUCAUUAUUUGAGACUAGCUUUAUUCACGUAAUGUUUAAUUUUUAACUACAAAAAUGGAUUAGUUAGUUUUUUUUCUACAAUAAUUUCCGUGGACUGUUUUAAUUGACGCUCCGACUCUUUUGUUCAGAUUUUUUUCCAUUCAAUUCCAUUCAACAUCAUUAUUUGAUGCUAGCUUGAUUCAUGUAAAGUUCAUACAAUUUCCGUCUAGCUACAGACGAAAAAAACUUAAAUAAAAAAAAAUAUAUAUUUUUUUCGUUCUAUAAAUCGUCAAUUUUCGCACAAAGUUGUUCCGAAAUAAAGUAGCGAGAUACUUGGAUGAUUCAUAGGAUCACACAUGAUGUUGGUAAACGAAGGACAAAAAAAACAUCAGUAUAUUGAGUCCGUACAAUUGUACCAUCCUUUUUACCUCAUAUUUGAGUCCAAACACAAUAUUCGUAAAAAAGUUAAUGUUAAGCAAUAGUCUGUUCUGUAUAUAAACUCAAUAUACGUUUUCCGAUAGAGUAAUGGGCGGAAGCUAAUAUAUAUAAUCACCGAUGAUUUAAUUAUCACGUUAUAUUUAUGUAUAUUAUACAAAAUUAAUCAUGCGUAAUUAAUUUUUAAACGAAAAACAACGUAAUGAAAGUGACUAAGGAGGUCAGUAUGGGAAAUUGUUCUCUGCUGGAGAAAUAAAAUCGUGUCUGAAAGGGGAA